AUGACCGGCUCGUCCUCCGCCCGGAGCACAGUCAUGCCGCGAGUCUCUCCAUGGCUAAACGGUCCGAGGAUAUCGGCGGGUCUGCUUCGCGGCUGUUUCUACUAUGCCACCGUCUUUGGUGUGGCCACAUUUCGGAUCGGGCUGCAGGACGACACCUUGAAAUUUCGGGCCAGCAGUCGCAAAGGAUACAAAUGGCUCUCGAUACUGAUCCGCGUGCUAGGCAGCUGCUUCUACGGCUAUAGCUAUGGGGCCUGGGCCGACCAAUACACGGACUGGUAUCUGCGGCUAUUCUUCGGACUGCGCCUGGUCGGAUGUCUGGUCUGCAGUGUCAUCAUACUGGUGCUGCAAGUCUGCUACGAGAAAAGGAUACUACACCUGGUCAACAGUUUCUUUGGACUCUUUCGUCGCUUGAGGGCCCUGACACGGACUGUGGAGGCGGGCUUUGGGGGCAGAUUGGAACUGACGCUGCUGAUGUUUAAGCUAUUGUCGCUGGCCUUUGUGUUCCUGGCCUUCCAGUGGCAGUACUCCCCCUGGGUGUUGCUCACAAUUCUUUGUGAUCUGUACACCUCCAUUGGCACGGGCAUGAUCAUGCACUUCUGCUUCGUGGGUUACCUCAGCAUUGGGGUACUCUAUGCGGAGUUGAAUCGCUAUGUGGAUCAUCAGCUGCGUGCUCAGCUCAGCUCACUGCAGGACCAAGUGGAGGAGGAUGACAUACAGCAACAGCCAGAUGUGCAAGCCCACGCCAAUCUGGACGAGUGCCUGGCCAUUUACGAGGAGAUUCACCAGGUCACCUGCUCUUUCCAGCGGCUCUUCGACCUGCCCCUAUUCCUCACCCUGGUUCAGAAUCUCUCCGCCAUGGCCAUGGUCUCCUACCAUGCCAUCAUGAGCAGGGAGUAUCACAUCAGCCUCUGGGGCCUCGUGCUCAAGCUCCUCAUUGACGUACUCCUGCUCACCCUUGCCGUCCAUGGGGCAGUCAGUAGUUCGCGUUUGGUACGCCGCUUGAGCCUCGAGAACUAUACCAUUGGACAGAGCAAAAGCUACCACAUCAAGGUGGGUGUCGAUAAGUUAGUUCGCUCUCCAAGAAAGUUUAAACUUGGGUCCUUUUUCCAGUUCGAGAUCUUUCUGGGCCGCCUCAAUCAUCAGCAGUUGCGUGUGUGUCCUUUGGGCAUGUUCGAGGUGUCCAACGAGCUCACCCUGUUCUUUCUCUCCGCCAUGGUCACAUAUCUGACCUUCCUGGUUCAGUAUGGCAUUCAGACGAAGCAAUUUUGAUUCCUCGUCACGCUUUUGAUUGCAACACACACCUGUCCACGCGGCCCAAUCUACCCACCUGUCCUGCGGUUACACGCAGAAAUAUCAGCGAAAUAUCAGCUGGACCGAAAUAUCUAAUACUCUGACAAGCAGGAUGAAAGUUUAAGCACUGAAAU